AGCAAGGAUUAACUAAAGAAAGCCCCACAUAAGCUAAAGUAUCAGCAAUAAAAUUCGCCUCCAUGAAAAUCAGAGGCCAAUCCUUUGAUAUCAUUGCCAAUCUAGCUAAGGUGCCAAGGUGGAGUCCACUCACCUCGAGACAUUUGGAUAACUAACUUUGAGUCCCCUUCAACCAUUAAUUUUUGGAUAACCUUUCUCCUGGCAAGCAGCAAUCCAUCCCUCAAGGCAGUAGCUUCCACAAUAGUGAUAGUGGCAUUGUAAGGCCCAAAAUGCCACCUUCCCUGAGUGAUAGCAAUAUACAUCCACUUCACAGGGGUUAGACCCAGAGUGAAUGUAAGGCCAAGCUCUCCCCCACGAGGGAAGGAUCUAAUCAGGUGGUUCUCGGAUCGAUCGCAUUAACUAAUCCUGUAUCUGUAGUCGAAGCACUCCGGGUGGAUUCGGUUCACUCCUGGAGUACGGAUUGGGCCAGGUAUACCUGCUCAAGCGCUAGCCUAUCCUGCCUAGACUGCGCGGUACCUCCUCGCCUAUGUGAAAUGUCAGACUGCGCCUACUAGCGCGGCUGCGCGUGCGCCUUCAAGCCACGAUGUGGAAGAGGCAAAUGGUCCUUCCCUGAUAUGGCGUACGUACGUCAGAAUGGUCCCUUUGAUGCCCACAUCUCCGAUGACUCUGGGGAAUGUCUGAUGACAUGGACCGACACUGCAACACUUACAAAUACGACUAAUGGCUCCUCAAAAAGGUUAGACAUUCAGAACCCCUAAAAAGGUUCCUUACUUGGAAGUCACCAAAAAAUGACUACAACAGACACCAUCAAAAUUUAACGCCCCUGCACCAAUAGGUCUCCCCUACUGAUCCUACCUCUUGACUGUUAAGGGGUCUUGGAUUUAGCCAGGAUAAUGCAAAAGAUGCUGCUAACAAUGCGAUGGAGAAAGCUGGAGAUGCAGCGUCUACGGCCACAGAUAGAUUAAAAACAAGCACAUUUGGAACACCGGAUGCAGGCAAGUUUGGUCAUGACAGCUUUGAUUCAUCUAUAAGAAUGCCUACCGAUAAGGUUGACAAUGCCAAAGAGACGGUGAGAGGGACAAUGGAUUGUGGAAUGGAGAGAGCAGCAAAUGCCUAUGGUGAAGCAAAGGAUACAGUGAAUAAUGUUGUGGGUGCGGCUUCUGAUAAGGCUCGUGAUGCAGUGGAGUAUGGAAAAGAAACAGCUGCCAAUGCAUAUAAUACCGACAAAGUUGACAAUGCGAAAGAGACAGUAAAAGGGGCCGUGGGUUCCGGAAUGGACAGAGCAGAGAAUGCCUAUGGUGAUGCAAAAAAUACAAUGAAUAGCGCUAUGGGUGCGGUUUCUGAUAAGGCUAAUGAUGCAAUGGAGUAUGGAAAAGAAAGUGCCUCCGAUGCUUAUAACACUGAUAGAGUUGAGAAAGCCAAAGAGACAGUGAGAGGGGUGGUAGGUUCGGGAAUGGACAAAGCCACGAAUGCCUAUGGCGAAGCAAAGAAUACAAUGAAUAGGGCUAUGGACACGGCUUCUGAUAAGGCUAAUGAUGCGGUGGAGUAUGGAAAAGAAACAGCUUCCAAUGCAUAUAAUAGCGACAGACUUGACAAUGCCAAAGAGAUUGUGAAAGGGGCAAUGGGUUCCGGAGUGGAAAAAGCAGCGAAUGCCUAUGGUGAAGCAAAGAAUACAGUGAAUCGGGCAGUGGAUAUGACGUCUAACAUGGCUAAUGAUGCAAUGGAAUAUGGUAAAGAAAAAACUGCCAAUGCAUAUGAUGGAGCCAAAGAGACAAUGAACAGGGCCUCGGAUAAGGCCUACGAUGCCAAGGAAAAGGUGGCGGGAGGAGUUGAUUAUGGAAGGGAAAGAGCAAAGAAUUCAUAUGACGAAGCGAAACAAAAGGUUGGGGAGUCAUACGCGUCUGCUAAGGCCUACGAUGCCAAAGAAAAGGUGGCAGGAGGAAUUGAUUAUGGAAGGGAAAGAGCAGCGAAUUCAUAUGAUGAAGCUAAACAAAAGGUUGGGGAGUCGUACGUGUCUGCUAAGGAUGGUAUGACUUCGCAUGCCAAAGAUAACUAUGAGGCUGCCAAGGGAGGAAUUGAUUACGGAAGGGAAAGAGCAGCGGAUGCAUAUGAUGAAGCCAAACAAAAGGUUGGGGAUUCGUACGUGUCGGCUAAGGAUAGUAUGACUUCAAGUGCAAGGCAUAACUAUGAGGCCGCCAAGGAGUCCGCCUCACAAGCUGCUGGUGAUCUCGGGGCUACAAUGAGCAAUGCAGGUUCGGGCCAGUAAUUAAGGAAUUAAUUCAUUUUCCGCUGGCUGAGUGCAUGUUAGGUCCAUAAUCUGUGAUCAAUAUAUAUGUUUUUUCUCAGUAGCUAGGAAAAUGCUGGGAGUUUUGUGGUGUGUUAUAUAUAUGUUUCUUGUUUUCCCAUACUCUGCCUUGUCGAGUACGUGUAAACUUCUAAAAUCAAUUUUGAAUCCUGUAUGUAUACAAGGAACUUGAGUUUUGUGUUUUUAUA